AUUUCCUUACUUCCGACCCAACCUCCCAGUGGAGCCUAGGGUCCUACUCUCUAUGCUCAGACGUAUUGUGCCUUACUAAAAAUGUAACAUAAAUUAACUGAACUUAGAACAACAGUACUUGUAUGUAACUAUUGCUAUGUUUUCGAGACAGAAGUCUAAAAUCCGUGGUAUUAGUGACUUUGGGGCCUCGUCUACCUUGAGAAUCUGAAACCAGUUUUCAGGCAAUUCUUUGGACAGCAGCAGCUUUGGAGGUCCCCAGUUUGCGGAGGGAGACGUGGAGCUGAGUCGGGAGGGGCCCAGACGCUUCUUCACUGGUGAGGGCUUGGAGCUACUUCGCCAAAUUGGCGUGGGGUGUCCGCCCAGACCUACUCCACCAUGUCGAAGGUUUCCUUUAAGAUUACGCUGACGUCGGACCCACGGUUGCCGUAUAAAGUACUUAGUGUUCCUGAGAGUACACCUUUUACAGCAGUCUUAAAAUUUGCAGCAGAAGAAUUUAAAGUUCCUGCAGCAACAAGUGCAAUUAUUACUAAUGAUGGAAUAGGAAUAAAUCCUGCACAGACUGCUGGUGAGUAUCUAUUUGAAAAUCAUGAAGUGGGAGUGAAUUAUAUGUCUAUUGAUGAUGAGUAUUUAAUUCAUUCUAAUUAAAGAUUUUCAGUAGGUUGUAGCUCUUGUUUAGGGAAAGUUUUUAACUAAUACAUAACAAAAUGUAUGAAGGUAAGAUUGUACUCUCAUGGAAAUGAUAAUUUUGGCCUCUUAAGGUGGUUGUGAGGGAGCAGGUGUUUUAAUGUUUGCAUUAUGCAUCCUUAGCAUGCAGUAGGUCCUAGCUAUUAUUAUUUUAUUUUAAAGAACAGUCAUUUACAUGUAAGAGGGUUGAGUCCACACUCCAAACUUCUAAACUGUUACACAUAAUUCAGAGUGACACAUUGAUGUUCUAAUCAACAUGCAAAGUAAAAGUCCUUAUUAAAAGUAGUCUUAAGCUUUAUUAAAAAAAAAAAAAAAAACUUUUAUUAUUUCUGAAAUAUGUUCUUUUAGGUUAACCAUCUAAUUUUAAUGUUCUGAAAUUACAUAUGAUUUAAUAUAAUAUAACCUCAUUCUUAAAUAGUAGUUACUUUUUAAUUACUAUAUUCUAAGGUACUUUUAUAUUAUAAUAAAAAAAAAAAUUUUCCUUAAAGACCACUAGUGAAAUUUAGCCAUGUAGAAAGUAAGGAAUGAUAUAAAAUUGUAAAUUGUUAAUUAAAUCAACAGUUUUAAGUAUAUAUAUUUUUUUAAUUGAAAAGGGCUUUUAUUGAAAAUUGUGAGGCAUUUUAUUAUAUACAUGUAUUCAAACUUAGUAGAUUAAGGUUUUGUCUUAUUCUAGAAAUUUUGUGUAGUAUACGUUAAUUUUAGCUAUUACUUUACUAUUAUGCUUAUUAUAUUACAUUUCAAAAUUAAAUUGUGUAUCUCACUGGACAUGAAGAAAUCUCAGUGAAUAAUUGACCCAAAAUAGAUUCAGAGUAUCUAGAUUUUUGUAAUUUAUAUAACUUUUGUCUUUUGUGAUAAUUUAAUUUUUUUUCUGUCUUUAGGUAUUCUAUUGUGUAUUAAGUCAAGUAUUCAUGAUGAAAUUAAUUCUUGUUAUUUGCUGAUUGUUAGUAUUUUCAUGGCUAGUGUUCUUAUUUAAAAUUUUAAAGCAAACAUUUGUUGGUUGUAAAGCUAUGGGAAAAGUAGGAACAAAACUUAAAAGGCUUGGAAUUAAGCCAAGUAUGAUGGUACACACUGGGGAGGCUGAAAAGCAGGAGGAUGGCAAGUUGCCUCAGCAAUUUAGCAAAAUCCUGUCUCAAAAUUUGAAAAAAAGUGAGCAGGAGUACUGGGGAUAUAGCACCUUGGUAGAAUGCUUCUGGGUUCAAUACCCCAGUACCACCAAAACAAAAAAACAAAACGUUGGAAUUGGAUUCUGAUGUUACUUGAUCUUUUGCACCUACUUUACUUUUUAAUACACAGUUUGUUGUAUGUAAUAAUCGUUGGAUUAUUAAGAUAACUUGUCAAUUUGUCAUUUUUUAGAAACCUAACUUUAUGUUUUAUUUGUUUGUGUAGGAAAUGUUUUUCUAAAGCACGGUUCAGAACUUCGAAUUAUUCCUAGAGAUCGUGUUGGAACUUGUUAAUAUCUGCUACUUGGAACAUACAAUUACUUUUCAGAAUAAAUAUUGGUAUUUUUUGUUGUUGUAAAUUUGAAAUCAGGCAUUUAGCAUACUACGAAAACACAAGAAGUCAGUGAAACAAUGAAAAGUGGACUCUUCUGGUCCCUUCUUUGUUCAUGAUCUUCAUGUGCAGAGGGAAUGCUUGUGAGUAGCGGGAACUGCCACCACAGAAGGUCUUAGAGUUGUUGAUUGCUACCUCACAACACAAGUACGGAGUUCAUUUGUGAAAAUGGAUUAUCCAACUGUGUUUUUUACCUGGAUGAUUCUGAUAAUUCUUUCUGGAGAACUUUUGGAAAAUUAAAAUUUACUUAAUCUUACAUAUUUGUAUUUGAGUUAAAAAUAUAAAAGGAAAUGAGUCAUAGAUGGAAGUUUGCUAGACAGCAUCUGACUUACAGACUCAUAAAUAGUUUGAUUUUUAAGUGUAUAGUUUGUGAUGAUGAUGAUAGACUGAUGAUGGUUAACUGUCUUGACUUUAUCAUUUAGUGUUGUAAGUUUUAGACUUCAUGUGUCAUGUAAAUUACAUUUAAUUUAGUACCAGAGGACCAAAAAUCUUACUUUUGAGCUAACCUUUAUGUAUAUAAAGUCACAUCCCGUAACAAAUAAGUCUUUUAAUAGUCAUCUUGGCAGAAUCCAGUAUAUGUAAUAGUGGGAAUUGACAAUGCAGUACAAAUGUCCUUUACUGAAUUAUGCAUUUCUGUAUCAGUCUUGUGUUUGAGACGGAAAUCUUUUAGAAACCAUUGUGCUUUGGAGGAUAAUAUUUCUAAAUAAUUUGAAGAAGAGAGUGUUGUUGCAGAGAAAAUAUGAAGAAUACAACAAAGUUUAAAGAUACCAAUUGAAAAUUCCAAUGAAUUAAAGACCUGACUUUAAAAAAGUGCUAAUAUUUUUCAACCAAAUGGAUAAGAAACCAAGUAAAGAAAGAUGAGAAAGACUGGUUGACGAGGCUUUUGCAAGAAGGAAAGCAACAAGUACCCAGUGAAGAGGAAAGUAAAGUGUCACAGAAAUAGCCAGCUGGUUGGACAAAGCUGUGGAGGGUAUGUUGGAGAAAACUGAAAGUGAAAACAAAAUAUUUGACUUAAUCUAAGUAGCAGAAGGGGCCUUGCCUGCAUACAAAUUUCAAAGUACCCCUUAUGACAAUUCAGAGAGUAUAAUAAAAAAUUAUACUUGAUCUUACAUAGGAUAUCAGUAUCUGGGUACGUCUUGAAAGAUAAAAUGAAGGCUUUUAGUGAUUCAGAAUCAUUUCUUGAUGUGCUGUAUUUUGAAUGACAAACUCCCUAGAGGCAGGGCUUGUCAUGUCAGAUUCUUUCUAGAGCUGAAAGUGUAGUAGACAUUCGAUAAAUACUUGGUGAGUUAUUCAUGAAUAAAGUCUAAGACCAGUUUUUAUCUUACCAUGUUUCAGUGUCUUCCCUGUUAUAGUUCCUAGGUUUGAUGGGGAAGAAAUAAAUUACAAGAAAAUACAACUGAAUCUUCUUAAGGGUGACAUCGGUAGUUUAAAAAAUUACCAAAUAUUAUUCACAGAUUUGAUGAAUACCAGGAUUCUGAAUUAUCAAAGUAAGAAUUUUUUUUUUUUUUUUGCCAAGUUAAAAAAAUAUACUCUUAAUGUUUGGAAUUUCAUAUAUAUAUUUUAUAUAUGAAAGAAAAAAACAGUGAUAUGAAGCUUAAAAGCCCUUAUUUCUUAUAAUUGAGCAUAAGUUAACCAGAAAGUUAUGAAUAACUAUUCCUUGAAUUUGGGGCUUAAUUUAAAAUUUCUCCCAUUUUGCUUCUAAUACAAAAACCUUUCUGUUGUUUGCUUAGAUAAGUUUAUUGUGUUCUGUGCCAUAAAGUGAUUUAUUUAAUACUUUUGUUCUUCAGUUUUGAAAAUUAGAUUGCAGUUCUCAAAAAACUUUCAUUGAGUGAGAUAUUUUGUUAUUUAACAAUUAUGAUCUGUAAGCUCUUUGUGCAAAAUAUUUUGAAGUAUUGUAUUUUAGUUUAAUUAAUAGUCCAUAAUUAAUAUCUUAUGAAAAUACUUUUGUUAUACUGUAAACCAUAUUGCCUAUCCUUAUUUUAUUAUUAGAAUUCUUAAUCAGCACACCGGUUGUGCCAGUUUAUUAAAAAUGUAAUUAUAAAAAGCAAAGAUAAUUAAAUACCAUAAAUCAUGGAUAAGAAUGUAUAUUUCCAAGUGUCAGUUUAUUUGACAAAAUAAAAAAUUAAAACUCUGAAGAAGGGGUGAUAGUAAUUAACUGUACUAGUAGGUCCUAAACCUGGGUGAUUAUCAGUCAUGUAGGGAAUUAAAAAUACAGAUUUCUGGAAACCACCCAUUAAAUUCAAGUCAUUAAAUCUGGAAUAGUGUAAAAGAUCCUCUUAUAAAAAGUUCUGGUGAUUUCUGCAGUGCAGGUGAUUUUAGAAUUAAAAUCAACCUUUUUACUAUCUACCAUACAUUUUUACCCAAGGACUUGAAAUAAAUUGGAAGAACUAAUGUACUUUAAUGUAGUGACUCUAAAUUAACUGAUAUUAAUGUUCUCAGGGCCAUUUGUAAAACCACAGGAAACAUGGUUUAUCUAUGGAUUAUAUUGUUUUAAGGAUAAUUUUAUUUACGUUGUCUCAUUCUUCAAACUGCUAAAUUAUUGUCCUCACUUUAUAGAAGAAGAAAGAGGCUUAGUUAGGUUGAGAUUUGAAAUUUGAACCCUUAUUUUGACUUUGACAUACUGGGAGAAAUUUAUAGUAUUCAUUUCUUGUAAUAUACUAGAGCUGUGUUGAAUUAGGAGUUACAAAAAUUACAAAUGUAAGUCUUAAAAUUAUAUGUCAGUACUAAAUACACAUGUAAUGAUAAGGAACUAUAUUAAUUUUUAACAUAGUAUGAUUGUAUAAAUAUAAAAUUCUAGGGCAUUAAAUAUGAACUAAACAUGAACUAAACAAUUAAAAAUGAUAAUACUGAUAGUACUCCGUAAGUGGCCUUGUAGAAGUAGGAACUGUCUCUCUCUUUUCCUCAGCCCCAUCAGACCAUUUGUUUUUUUAAUCUUAAGUAUCACAGAUUUAGCUGUGAGACUACUUCCCUAAUAACCUACUCUUCCCACCAGGUUGUUGUUCAUAAGCCCCUCUAGAAUACAGAAAUUCUGGAAUUGUCCUCUGUUGGUUAAUGCUAGAGAUGGGUGAAACAUUAUUUAAACUGGGACAUUUAAUUAGACUAUUAUUGAAAUAAAUAUUCUUAAAAGGCUCACUCUUAACAUCCGCAUCCUGAAAACUGUCUAUAUACCAGAUAUGUUUUACUCAUCAUGAUUCCUUUCUCACUAUAUAAAAGCAAACAGUUACCUUAAUUCUAAGCCAUACCCAUUGUUCAGUUAAAGCCCUUUUUAUAUUAUUAAAAAAGCCACUGUUAUUCCCAUUUCUUCUUUCACAGUUGCUAUAAUGAGCUUUUUGACCUGAUUGUGUACUUCCCACUAAAAAGUUCUGCUAAAUAAAAACGCAUACUUUCCAUGACA